GGAGGAGCAACGAGGGACAGGUUUCAAGGGUACGGAUUUGCCCUUCUGCUUGCUCCGGGAGCCAAGUAUUGCUAGGGUUCUCGGGCUGGGAUUGGAGUCAAGCAUGAACACACCAGUCCCAGGGCCCUUUCCCAAAUCUCCUGCAAGCCUCUGGAGAAAUUUUUUAAUUGGGAAGAAGGCAAGAUGAUGAUGGUGAUGAUGAUAAUCAUAUUGAAAUGUGGAACAGGAGGAAAAUUCUGCAGAUACCAUGGACUUCCAGAGAGACAAAUGAGUGAGUCCAAAAGAAAAUCAAGCCUGAACUCUCCUUAGAAGCCAACAUGAUGAAUCUGAAGCCCUGCAGAAGUAACCCAGUUUGACACCACUUUAGCUGCCAUGGCUCCAUCCUAGAGAAUCCUGGGAUCUGUAGUUUGCUCUGGCGCUGGAGUUCUCACUCACAAAACUGCAAAGCCCAGGCUUCCCUAGCAUUGUUCCAUGGCAGUUAAAGUGGAUUAUUUCUUCAGUGCAGAUGCAGCCUCUGUCUUCUUCUGAUUUCUUGGCUACAGUCUCCAUUUUGAUUUAGUGACUGAACCAAGAUGUAGGAGAUCUUCUUCCAAUUUGUCUUCAUCAUCUGCUUCAAAGUCAGACUGCUUUGGAGGGCAGUUCGGUUGAUGGACUCCAAACAGGCCAAAUGGAAGAGGGGCCAUUUAGCCAUGCUGAAGAAAGAAGGCUGAGCGAAGGCUGUGGGCCCAGACUGGCCAAUGGAGGGGAGGAGCGAAUGGACGGAAGAGGAGGCGGCGGCGAAGGAGGAGGAGGAGGCGCCAUGUUGAUGGAAGGAGGCCCCCGGCUGGGUGGCCCAUGCACUGAUCAAGUGGCCCACUGGGAGAGAAUACCACUAGCAGCCCCAAAACAUAGCAGCCCCCCUCUUGCCUCCUCUUCCUCUUCCUCCUGCAAUGCCAACUUGGAAGAUGCUCAGAACUUGGUGGCAUUCUCGGCGGCGGCGGAGGCAGCCAUGUCUUCACAGGGUUUGGCCCCACUGGCCUCCCCUUCCCUGCUGAGCAUGCGGCUGUAUGAGAAAUUCAACGCCGAGAUGAAGGCAGCGGAUAAUCCGUCGGCAUCCCCGCCCUCCGAGGGCUUCCCCAGUUUGGAGGAUCUGAACACCCUCAAGGCUGCCCUGGCACUAGCGAAACACGGCAUGAAGCCACCCAACUGCAACUGUGAUGGGCCGGAGUGUCCGGACUACCUGGAGUGGCUGGAGAGGAAGAUCAAGUUGGCUGGUGGACAGGAGCCGGGGGGCACCCCACAGCCUUUCAGCCAAGCUCAGCCACCCCCUUCUUUCAACAACGGUGCUAAUCAUCUGGAGUGGGCGCCCUCUGCGGACGAGAAGCCAGCUCGGUGCCCCCUGGAGACCCUUCCCCUUUCCCAGAACGCCCUGAGCAUUGCCAAGGAGAAGAACAUUAGCCUCCAGACAGCCAUCGCAAUUGAAGCCCUCACCCAGCUCUCGGCGGUCCUUCCUGAGCCAGCUCCCCAGAGCCCUCCACGGACCGUGGGCUUUGCCCCCAAGGAGCAGCUGGCCCGGCCUCCCCUUUUCCCAGCCCACACCCCCAAUUCGGUGCUAUCGGGGUCUGCCUCCGGGCUGUAUCAGGCUCCGGCCUUGAAGCCACCCUACGGGAGCCAGGGCCUCCUCGCUGGGUCUCCUCUGCCCUCGCCGGCAGUGCCGCCAUCCCCCUCCUGGCAGCAGGGAGCAAAGGUCACUCAGGAUAUGGCUCCCUACUGCCUUGACUCCUGCAAUGGCCACCCGGAGCCUUCAGGCCUCUUCCCCAACUCUGCCACCACCACCCCGCAAAAGGCAGAUUUCCCUGAUCUGUGGAGCGAAGAUGAGGGCAAAGCAAAGAGCCAGCAGCGCUCCUGGGCCCUGAACGCCAGCCCACUGUCCUUGGCCAGUGACCCCAUGGCCGGGCUGGAGCAGCUGUUGGGCAAUGCCACCAUGGAGGGCAUGCAGUCUGUCUUCAAGCGGCCAGAGGUGACACCGGAGAAAGUGAGGGUGGUCAAGCUGAAGGAGGAGCAACCAGUCCUGAAGAACGAGAACUGUGGCUACCGCAAGCCAUCCGCCUCUAGCCCUCAGCUGUCCCAGCUGCUUCAGGAGACCAACUUCCACAAGAAGGCCCAGAAGGCGCUGCAGCAUCACCUCCACCACAAGCGCAGCCUUUUCUCAGACCAGAAGCCCCCUCAAGGAGGGAGCGCAGGGGGAGGGCCAGGACCACCGGCCCACCAGGAGCAUUUGCCCGCCUGGUGGGCUCCUAGUCCUCUGCCUCUGCAGUCCCCCAGAGGGGCAGAGAAGCCGACCAAGGAGAGGAGGAGGAAGACUCAGCUGGAGAAGAAUGGUCCAGGGAAGCCGCUCCGGAAGCCUGUCCAGAUCAAGAGGCCAAAGCAGAAGGAUGCUCAGCCCCUUUUCUUGCCAGUGGCCCAGAUCAGUCUGGAAGGCUUCCGCUCUGCCACUGCCACCAUGACUCCCGAGGUGCUUCCUUCACAACAGCAUCAGCAUCAGCACUUGCUCUCCAGCACCCCGACCAAGCUUUUGCCUCCUCCGGCCCCCUCAACAUCCACCCCUACGGAGCAGUCUCCCUUGCAGAAGCUACUUGAAAACAGACCCAACACUCAGGAAACCUGCCACCCCGCCCAGGACGGCUACUUCCCGGAGAGUUCGUCCUGCCUUGCCGCUUCCUUGGCCUCUUCGGUCUCCCCCGGCCUUGCCCCCUGCUCCUCAGCUGCAGCUUGCAAUGAUGGGCGCAAUGGAGAUGCCACCCCAGACCCCACUCUUUUCUCCCAGAAUCCCAUCCCGGUGGAGGACAACCUGGAGGAGCUGAUCCAGCAGUUUGAGGCAGAGUUUGGAGACAAUUUUGGCUUUCAGAAUCCCGAGCUUCCGGCAGCCCCGCUGCUCCUGGGCGAUGGGCUGCUUCCGGCGCCUCCGCCUUCACCGGCCCACCCACGCUCUUCUCUGUGCUGCUCUCCAGAGCCCCCGGGGGCCAUGGGGGACGCCGGCCUCCCCUUGCCCCCUUCCUCCAAGGACCACACGUCUCCUCCGGUGGGGGACCCCAAGCCCUUCUCCCUCUCGCUCGGGGCCAGGCAGCCUUUUGAGAACCCCUUUGCGGCUCGGUCCCCCAAACAGAUAAAAAUAGAGUCUUCUGGUGCUAUUACGGUGGUCUCCACCACGUGCUUUUACUCUGACGAAAACCAAAAUGGGGACACUGCUUCCGUGGAGAGGACCCCGACCAAGGAAGAAGUGAUCCCACUCAUGCCGACGCUCAGCGGGUUUCUGGAAUCUCCCCUGAAAUACCUGGACACCCCCACCAAAAGUUUGCUGGACACUCCGGCCAAGCGCGCCCAAGCAGAGUUUCCAACCUGCGACUGCGUGGAGCAAAUCAUUGAGAAGGACGAGGGGCCAUAUUACACCCACCUGGGAUCUGGACCAACUGUGGCAUCCAUCCGGGAACUCAUGGAGGAAAGGUACGGCGAGAAGGGGAAAGCUAUCAGGAUUGAGAAGGUGAUCUACACGGGGAAGGAGGGGAAGAGCUCCCGCGGAUGCCCCAUUGCAAAGUGGGUCAUCAGGAGGCACAACUUGGAGGAGAAGCUCUUGUGUCUGGUGCGACACCGGGCGGGCCACCAUUGCCAGAACGCCGUCAUCAUCAUCCUGAUCCUGGCCUGGGAGGGGAUCCCUCGGAACCUCGGGGACACGCUCUACCAGGAGCUCACCGACACCCUCACCAAGUACGGAAACCCCACCACACGCCGAUGCGGGCUCAACGACGACCGGACCUGUGCAUGUCAAGGCAAGGACCCCAACACCUGCGGUGCCUCUUUCUCUUUCGGCUGCUCCUGGAGCAUGUAUUUCAACGGGUGCAAAUACGCCAGAAGCAAAAUGCCCAGGAAAUUCAGGCUUCAGGGAUACAACCCCAAUGAGGAAGAAGUGCUCAGGAGAAGCUUCCAGGACCUGGCAACCGAAGUGGCCCCUCUCUAUAAGAGACUGGCCCCCCAGGCCUACCAAAAUCAGGUUACAAACGAGGAUAUAGCAAUAGACUGCCGGCUUGGGCUGAAAGAAGGGAGGCCCUUCUCUGGAGUGACCGCCUGCAUGGACUUCUGCGCUCAUGCUCACAAGGACCAGCAUAACCUUUACAACGGGUGCACCGUGGUGUGUACCUUGACAAAAGAAGACAAUCGUACCACUGGCCAGAUCCCUGAGGACGAACAGCUGCACGUCCUCCCACUGUACAAGAUGUCCCCCACGGACGAAUUUGGCAGCGAGGAGAACCAGGCGGCCAAGGUGGGCAGCGGGGCCAUCCAGGUGCUCACUUCCUUUCCCAGAGAGGUGAGGAAGCUCCCUGAACCAGCCAAGUCUUGCCGGCAGAGGCAGCUGGAAGCCCGGAAGGCCGCCGCUGAGAAGAAGAAACUGCAGAAGGAGAAGCUGAUGAACACCCCGGACAAGAUCAAGCAGGAAGUUCUCGAACUCCCAACCCUCCGGCAGAACGCAGAUACACCCCUGAAAAGUGGACUCGCGCAGCCAUCGGUCAAGCCUUCCAUCAAAGUUGAACCUCAGAAUCAUUACAACGCUUUCAAGUACAACGGGAACGCUGUGGUGGAAAGCUAUUCGGUGCUUGGGAACUGCAGACCCUCCGAUCCGUACAGCAUGAACAGUGUUUACUCGUACCAUUCCUACUAUGCACAGCCUAAUCUGCCUUCCAUCAAUGGGUUGCAUUCAAAGUUCUCUCUUCCAUCCUUCGGGUAUUACGGAUUUUCCAGCAACCACAUGUUCCACUCCCAGUUUUUGAAUUACGGCGAUGGAAGGAGCUCGCCCUGGAUAAGCAGCAGCUACGAGAAGAAGCCUGACGUCCAAAUGUUGCAGGAUAACUUGAGCCAUGCCUACCGAAACACUGAAAUGUUAGAUGAAAUCGUGCCCACCGUACGGAAUAAAAGCCACCACCAGUGCACCUAUGAGAGGUCCAGCAGGAAUGGAAGUAAGACCCCGCCGGCUGCGCCCCAGAGGUGUCACUCGGUUCCUUCGGAAGCCCUGCCGUUUGCACAAAACACAAACUGUUUCAACAGCCGAACAAUCAAGCAGGAGCCCAUGGACUCCCCGACGCACACAGAACCCAUUCAGAGGUCAGCUGCUCUCAGUUGCCAAAACCCCAGUCCUGACUUGCCCAGGGCAUCCUCUCACAACGGAGGCCCAGAGCAGCAGUGGAGUCCUUAUAAAGUCCACCGGAACGAGUCCUUUUCCGACAGGACUGGCAACGCGGAGAACCCGUGGAACACAUAUACUCCCAGCGACACCAUGGAGGCGCUGGGGACAAAUGUGCAGAAUACACCCAGCUUGCUUGGCUCCCAUUGUGCCGCUUCCAGGUUGCCACAGUCCCACUUACUGGAGAAACCGUGGAACUUGUUUUCCGGAGACACGAAAUCGUGGAGCCCGUGCAAAGGCAGCGAGAGUGCUUCAUCGGUUUUCUCCGCCAGCGGCCCGGACCUCCAGGAGAAACCCUGGGGCUUUGGGCCGCUGAACCUGAGUCCCAUCAAGGGAAGCACCCGGCUCCCCAGAGAUCUUUGGGGUUCUGUCAAAGCGGACGACCGGCGGACUCCCACGCCAAGCAGAGGACUCCACAGCAGGCCGUGGUCAGCCUUCGGCUCAUUGCCCACCAUGGCUUCAGGGGCAUGUGGGGAGAAGCCCUUCACGCCCUUGAAAGAUGAGGGAGUCGCCGCGUUUCCAGGUUGUGGUCCACCCGAGUGUCCGUGGGACUCCUUCAGCAUGGACGAGAGCAUGGAAGGGACACCGGAGAAAAACCUCAAGGUGGAGGAGGAUCAAGAAGAGGAGUGGUCAGACAGCGAGCAUAACUUCCUGGACGAAAACAUUGGUGGGGUGGCGGUGGCCCCCGCCCACGGCUCCAUCCUCAUCGAGUGCGCCAGGCGGGAGCUGCACGCCACCACGCCGCUGAAGAAGCCCAACCGGUGCCACCCGACCCGCAUCUCCCUGGUCUUCUACCAGCACAAGAACUUGAACCAGCCCAACCAUGGACUUGCCCUCUGGGAAGCCAAGAUGAAGCUGCUGGCAGAGAGAGCCCGGGCGCGGCAGGAAGAGGCCGCCCGGCUGGGUCUCCAGCAGGAGGUGAAGGCCUUCGGCAAGAAGCGCAAGUGGGGCGCCAGUGCGCCCCCCGAGCCCCAGCAGGAGAAGAAGAAGGACUCGGUGCCCACCCGGGAAGCCUUGGCCAUCCCCACAAACUCCGCCAGCACUGUCUCCUCCUACGCUUACACCAAGGUGACCGGGCCCUACAGCCGCUGGAUAUGAGGAACGGCAGGAAGACGCAGCUUCGCAGGUGGCCAUCUUACCUCACAGUCUGUAGCACUGGAACACGGUGCUGGUUUUGUGGUGCUUUUCCCUCACGCGUGUGUCGGAGCGAAAUCUGAAAACGACAAAAGACAAAACCCGAUCCCCGGCGCUGGCGUUUCGGCAUCUGCGCUUGGAAGCAGAGGCUAAGGAAACCUACUGCUGUUAACUUUCCCCCACCCCCCAGUAAUCUGAUUAUUUAUAUCUCUCUCUCUCUCUCUUUCUCUGCAUUUUAAAUCCGUACAUCACAAUCAUGGCAAAAAUUUAUCACACAGGAGAGCUUUUUAAUUCCAUUUCAGAGACAGGUGUAUAUUUGAAUUUUAACAGAUAAACAGAAGUAUUGUCAUUCUGAACCAGUUUAUGUGACAAAAAAAGAGAGAAGAAAACAAGGCCUUGCCCUAAAACAAAAGCAACCCCAAACCCGUCCCAUUCGCCACAGUGGGGCAGAUGGGGGCUCCAUCUUGGAGCAUCACCUGGAAAUGUCUGCUCUCUAUCCAAGGUGCUUAUUUUUUGAUAAAAUGAAAUGGGCUGAUGGUUUCUUACAGAUCCAUUUGGUCUCUCCAGGGAAAGACACGGCACUAUAUUUUCUAUCAGGUCUUUCUGAUGAGCAACGGCUGGCUGUUCAGCAGGUUUGGACAGAGUUAAAACAUCUGUGAAACCAUGCGCCUCUGGAAUCAUGAGGAGGGUGUCCCAGCAGAAUAAAUGGACUGCGUUUGUGCAAAAAUUGGAGAAAUGGUGAUCUAUGCCUGAAAGGCUCAAUCUCCUCCAGAGCUGGAGACAGGCUUUGUAUGGCAUCUCAGAGCUGCCUUGUCCUCCGUGCUGCUGUCGACUGUCCCUAAAAUUUUGAUUUUCUGAGCAUAAAUAAUGACCCUGUUGUCAGUUAGCUUUGCUGAAUGCCUCUGGUCUGAGUGAAACGAUUUCAAAGCAGGUUGGAAGUCAAGGAGCCAUGAUUGUGUUGUUCCCAAGACCACAUAUGGCCACCUUUUAAUUGAAGGCAAGCUUUUGAACCCGUUGUCUUUAGGCGAGACAAAAAGUAUAAUGAAGAAAGGGGAAUAACUGAGAAAAGCAAGUCCUCAAAGAUGGGGGAAAGAGGGGGAAGGUGAAUUGAGGACAGGGAGAGUGUCAGGAGAAGAAUGGCCCUAUAAACCCACAUUGAGAAGAUGUUGAGUUGGUCCAGAAAAUUCCACCUUGAUUCUCUUCUUCUCUCAUUUAUUCUUUGGGACUACCCUCACUGCGGAAAAAACACACACACAAACACACCAGGAAUGCUUUGGCUUCCCGCUGGGCAGGAAUUGGCAAUAUAGUUUUGCUCCUUCCAAGUUUACAAAGUUGCAGUUGCAAUUGGGAUUGCAAUUGCAAGUGAAAUUGCAAUUGCUGGUCUGCUGGUUUACAGCAUUGAAAUUGCAGUUUCUUUCCUUGAGAGGCAAGCAAGAUUUGAGCAUGAAGUGCUGUUGCUCUAGAUAGCAGUGAAAGGCUUAAGCCACUAUAUCUGUAAGAAACCAUCCCAUUUCACCCGCUGCCUCCAAGUCAUUACUGUCUUCUUCUUCUUUUGGGAGAAGGUCUUCUGUCUCUGGUGCAGAGUCCAAACGACGGACUCCCUCCUCCUCCUCCUCCUCCUCCUUCGUUCUGUGUUUUCCACUGGUGCAUGCUGCCCAAAUUAAGAAAUGUCCGCUCUUAACUCCUUAUGAAACUUGGGACAUUUUACAAAAUGCAAAAAUGAAACCAGCUUAUUGUAAGUUUUAUUUAACUUUUUCCUGGUGCUGUUUUGUUUGGUUUUUUAAAAACUUGCUGGGGUUGAAGACGGGGGGAGGGAGGGGGGAUUCGAACUCAUGUUCUCCGGCAAAGCUGGUGCUUUUAAAACACUGAAUCACAACCGUUUAAAACAACAACAACAACAACAACCCCUGACUCACAGGCAGAGCUGCAUGUCUCUGAAGCCAGAAUAAACCUUGACCGAAGCGUUAGGUAGCUAAUGUUGGCAAGCAGGUCAUUCUUAGUUAGGAUCGAAUUUACUCCACUUUGGAAUCCUAACAACCAGGUUUAGGGGGGGAUCUUACUUUCUUCGUCUUGGUUAUUGAUUGUAACGGGAAAGGGUUGCAUCGUGAUGGCGGUGGCAUCGUUUUCUAUUGGCUGCGUGUCUCAGAGUUUGGGUACAGGUCUUUUUCCUCCCCGUAAUAUGGAAUAUCAUUUUCCAUAAUACGGAAAAAGUCAUCCUUUGCUGGGAAAAUGCCCAGUUAAUUGAUGGAGGUUCCUAUUAGGGUUUUGAUGCUCCCUGAUGGAUCUGUAGAAACAAACAGAUGAAGGAUGGGAUUGUCUUGAAAUCCUUGAAAGCAUCUUGAAAUGGGGACCGGCUUGGAAUAGGCGCCAGCGGGGCUCGCGGGAAGACGUAAGACGCUUUUUACGUUUCUUAGUUUACUACGGGUCUUUCUGUAGAAUAAUAAUAAUAAUAAUAAUAAUAAUAAUAAUAAUGUCUGGCUUUAACAGGCUGAUAAAUGCGUUCAGGUGCAGAAGGUCCAAAGAUCCAACCUGUUAGAGAUCUGGACUCUUGUGAUUCCUCCGCCGCCUUCUGCACUUAACAGGUGCCUUUCGAGAAGCUGGAAAAAGAUGGCUUGCAAAACUAUAUAUAUAUAUAUAUAUAUAUAUAUAUAUUCAGACGAACACAAACCCGCCUUGUAGAUAUAGCCUUCCUGUAUUAGGGAACCUUGCUCACUGACCCAGGAAAACAGGAUCUCUCUUCAGCAGCAUCCUGAGUGUUUUUUGUGGUUCUGGUUUUAAACUGUAAAUAGAAAAGAAAAGGAAAAAAGAAGAAGAAUUUUUUUAAAAAGAAAAAAGCACUUUCACCGAGAUUUAAAAGGAAAAAAACUCCCCAAUAACUUGAAGAGCAUUAUGUUUUAAAGCAGAUUAUGGCAGGAAAAGAAAAGAAAAUGUAAAUAGAGACAAAAUUAUUUAACAGGCUUUUUUCCGUCCCGAAUGGUUUUUGUUGUUGUCCGUUUCCUUUCUUUACUCUACUCCGUAAAAUCACUUUGGUUUCUCAAGGAAGAUCAAGGAAGCCUCAUUCGUUUUGAAUGCAUGCCUCCCUCCCAGAAUAUCAGAGUAGCCCAGAACAGUCCCAAGCCAGGUCUAUAGGAAAUGGUCCUGGAUGCACUUUUCCUGGUGCGGAUUCAAUAUCGAUUUCAGCCGGGUUUAGCAAAACCAUGCCUUAUUGUCUUGCCUAAACUGAUCCCUUCAGAUUGCAGUCAGGAAAUCACAUUGAGCCUGGCCUUUAAAAAUACCCUUGAUCAUUAAAAGUUUGCAAGAUGUAGACAUUUAUUGCAUAAGGGAAACUUAGUUCCAGGUGAGUCUGCUCCCUCUUAUGCUGCUAUUCUUCAUGCAAGGAGAAUAUUGUUUAACAUUCAUCAAAAUUGGGAGGUUUUUUAAAUGAGAGGUUCCCGUUUGCAAUGUGAAGUGUUGCAGAGAUAGGCGGCCUGUCUUUCAACAUUUGCGGUGUCAAAUCCAUCAAAUCGCCGCAAAACUCAGCCCUUCCACCUUUGCAAACUCAGUUAAUGUCUCUUUGUUUUUGGCUGAAGUGAAAUUGGUUCACUUGGCCAGCUGAAGUUGUUAUGGGUGAAACGUUGGACCUAAACCUCUUCCCCAAAAUCAUAUCAAGGUUUUCUUCUUUGCUUCUGUUGUUUCAUCGUUUGUGUCUUGUUUGAGAGAUGUUUGCAAGGGAAGCUUGGAUGAGUAAGAGGUUGGCUUGAGAUGAGAGUAAGAGGCUGCAAUAGGUGUAAGAAGGGAGCGGAAUGCAUUUGUGGAAUGCAGAAUCCCAUCCACCAUUUCAGCUUCUCUUGCAGGAUUUCUGUAGAGAUGUCCAAUCGUGGCACAUUCACCAUUUGAGAGAGAGAGAGAGAGAGACGGUGACUUUGUGAUCCCUGGGGAAAUAAGACAUUUUCAUGUAGAGCCAUGUUCCUCAUAGGCUGCGUCCGCACUGCAGAAAUAAUCCAGGUUUGACACCACUUCGACUGCCAUGGCUCAGUGGUACCAAGUCCCAGGAUUUGUAGCUUGUUGUGACACUAGAGCUCUCUGUCUCACCAGACUACAAAUCCCAGCAUUCCAUAGCAUUGAGCCAUGAAAGUGGUGUCAACCUGGAUUAUUUCUGCCAUGUGAAUGCAGCCUAAGAAACAAAAGGCUUGGUGCUCAGAGUGGGACCUAGGAACGGUUCCAUAUUUCGCCUGCGUCUGUUUACAUUGCUUUUCAGAAUAGGAACCAAGACAAGGAGAGAAAUGAAUUAAAAAGCCCAAACCCUUUAAUGACUCUUUCCUUUCUUCCAGGACCAAGUUCCCUUCAUAGCGGUGCAAGUCCCAAAAUGGUUUAAACUGGAAAAUCGUUUGUCUGUAUUGCGGAUAUAAGCAAGGCAAUAUCUUCCUUUAUUUCAGCAUAGAUGGGCUUCUACUGCAAGACCUCAGGCCUAGAUGCAUAUAUGUACAUAUAUACAAUUGGUUGGUUGUGCCAGUCAUUUGCCUGUAUGUUUCUGACCCUGGCAAUGCCAGUAUUAAACCUAUAGCAAACAUAUACGGAAUGCCAUCAGAAUAGGACACACACAUCGCACAGAUUGUAUAGACACACAGAGAGAGACACUGACAUAAACAUAAAUUUAUUGAAUGGAUCCUUUUAUUGUAUAACAGCAAGGAGGUGGCAGUCUGAGGUUGUUCUCACACUACUUACUACAACCUACCUCUAAUCUUAGUUGUGAUGGAGGAAAAAGUAUAAUGGCAUGCUCCAGAACUAUGCACACAGGUUGCUCCACCUUUGCGACUGGAAGCCUGUGUCCCUGGCUCCUGCCUUUUGCCUGCUUUAGCCCCAGACAAUUACGGCUACUGUAUUAAGUUUAAAAAAUGGUGCAAGACUCAAGCAUGAUGUGUUUGCGCAUGUGUUUGCAAGUGAGAACUCAAGGUUGUCCCAGCCAUUGAGGUGGUGCUAGUAUGUCCUUAGAAAACGAUGCUUUUCCUGAACUAGGAGUAGCAGGUUUCCUUACUUUCUGAGAGCUGUUUCACUCUCACUUUGCACUUGCGACCGGUGUUUAAAUCCCCGCCGGACGUCCGACUUUGUGGUGUGGGAAAUGAAUGCCAUGGGCUUCAUGCCCCUCUUUGGAGGAAAAAGAAAAUCCAAAGAAAAGGACUACUUUUUAAUCUAUUUAUUGUUUGCUGUAGCCCUUUCCUUUUGAGCUGAAGUGUCCCAAGGCAAACCGACCUCCAUGCGCCACUUGCGAUCGCUUUUUAAAUACUCUUUUUGGAAGAUCUGAGGACGCAAACAGCCACAACAGCCAUCGAACGCGGUGCUAAAAUAUUCCAUAUUUCCUAGGGGAGAAACAAAAACCCUUGACGCAAGGGUUCAUUUCUGCCGGUCUGGAAGGGCUUGGCAAAUGCCCAUUCACUUCUCUAGAGGAAGAUUUGGGGUUGGUACUUGCGUUCUCUUCCCAAACCUCUUCUCUCCAUCAGUGGUAAUGCUUUGCCUUCGCUCUGUGACACCGGACGGCGUGUGUUGAGAAGAUUUGGGGGCCGUUUCCAUGAAGGAAAUAUUCCAGGGCCAAAUCACAGAGAGGUGCAAAGAAACCUCUGUAAACAGUUUCUCUCUCGUCUAGGCGAUCCGACAAUAAGGGCUCACUGCCUGCAGAUACGAUGCAUGUUUUCCAUGCAGUCUUGUGUGUUGCAUUGCAUUGCCUUCGGUCUUGCUCUGUUGUGAUGCGCAGACGGUUGUGGAGCUUUUUAGCAAGAGCAUGUUGCCAUAUACUGUAUCAGGUUGAGAGAGCUCUCCUUUCCUCCGUCCGCGUCCCAUCGGACAAAGAGAGGAAGGGAGCAGAGGCCCUGGAGCUGCUCUAAUCACUGACCAACUCAUGCCAGAGCGCGCUUUUUGGGCCAUUUUAUAACAAAAAACCAACCCAAAUCUUAUUAAUGAAAUGGUGCUACUGUAUCUUGGUGGGUUCCUUUACAAACAAACAAAAAGUUGUUGGCUUUUUACUACUUAACCAUUUUUGGUCCAGAUUCCCUCUUGCCGAGGUGCUACUAGAGAUGUAAAAAACAGAGAGAACAGAACAUUUCUGCGGUUUUAAAUCUUUGCAAGCUUCAAGCGUCUCCGCUGGGUCUGUGUCCGUAAUGGACUGCGACGUAAUUUUGAGCUUGUUUACACGCGCGUAGGCCGUGACGCGGGCACAAGCGCCAUGUUUGCACCUAGGACCAGCUCCUCAGCUCAAGGUCUGACGCAAGGAGGUGGCUUUGUUUACUCAUUGAGUAGCCCAGCCGGGUCUUCCCUUGACGGGAAUGGAGGCUGACCGAGCUCAUUUUGGUGCAAAAACCGGACGCCUUGAGCGAGUAAAACGGAGAUGCUGUCUUUAGGAAAUGGAAGAUGCGAUGCUACGGACGACCGUAGUUAGCAUUAACCCUUGUGCCAGUUUAGCAUGGUGCAGUUGCAUAACCCUGUGUGCUAGGGAUUAAUAUCCUUAUCCUCAUUAUUAUUCUUAUUAUUAUUCUUAUUAUGCAAAAAUAAACAAAAUAUGGGUGCUGCAUUGAACUUCUGAGGUCACUCCAAGACAGAGCAG